UUCCUGUGGAGUUUCCCCAACCCUGGGAGGAGGGGGAAGAGGACGGGAAGGAGGAGGGCGGUCGUCCAGGGUUAGGUUGGGGGGGGGUUGUCGGUCCAUUCAGGGCGGGGGAUGACUCACGGCCCAUCCCAUCUCUCCGACGCCACCCGCCCGCGCAGAACUAGCUCCAUGGCUUAACGGAGGAGGCGGUGGCGAGCGGGGGGAAGGGGACUCUUAUUUUGUUAGGGGGACCGGGCCGGGGCCCGACCGGCCUGGCAGGGCUCGCCCGGAGUCGGGCGUCAUGUCUCAUGCGGCUGAGCCAGCUCGGGACGGCGUAGAGACCAGCGCGGAGGGCCCUAGAGCCGUGUUCCUGCUUUUGGAGGAGCGCAGGCCGGCCAACUCGGCCCAGCUGCUCAGCCUGAACUCUUUGCUUCCGGAAUCUGGGAUUGUUGCUGACAUCGAAUUAGAAAACGUUCUUGAUCCUGACACCUUCUACGAGCUCAAAAGCCAACCCCUACCCCUACACUCAAGCCUCCCAAUAUCACUGCAGGCCACACCAGCCACCCCAGCUACACUCUCUGCAUCGUCUUCUGCAGGGGGCUCCAGGACCCCUGCCAUGUCGUCAUCUUCUUCAUCGAGGGUCUUGCUGCGGCAGCAGCUGAUGCGGGCCCAGGCGCAGGAGCAGGAGAGGCGUGAACGUCGGGAACAGGCUGCUGCAGCUCCCUUUCCCAGUCCUGCACCUGCCUCUCCUGCCAUCUCUGUGGUAGGCGUCUCUGCUGGGGGCCACACAUUGAGCCGUCCACCUCCUGCUCAGGUGCCCAGAGAAGUGCUUAAGGUACAGACCCACCUGGAGAACCCAACACGCUACCAUCUACAGCAGGCGCGCCGGCAGCAGGUGAAACAGUACCUGUCCACCACACUUGGGCCCAAGCUGGCUUCUCAAGCCCUCACCCCACCUCCGGGCCCCACAAGUGCCCAGCCGCUACCUGCCCCUGAGGCUGCCCAUGCUACAGGCCCCACGGGCAGUGCUCCCAACAGCCCCAUGGCGCUGCUCACCAUCGGGUCUAGUUCAGAGAAGGAGAUUGAUGAUGUCAUUGAUGAGAUCAUCAGCCUGGAGUCCAGUUACAAUGAUGAGAUGCUCAGUUAUCUGCCCAGAGGCACUGCAGGGUUGCAGCUCCCCAGCACACUCCCAGUGUCAGGAAAUCUGCUUGACGUGUACAGUAGUCAGGGCGUGGCCACUCCAGCCAUUACUGUCAGCAACUCCUGCCCAGCUGAGCUGCCCAACAUCAAACGAGAGAUUUCUGAAACGGAGGCAAAGGCCCUUUUGAAGGAACGGCAGAAGAAAGACAAUCACAACCUGAUUGAGCGUCGCAGGCGAUUCAACAUUAACGAUAGGAUCAAGGAGCUGGGCACUCUCAUCCCCAAGUCCAGUGACCCGGAGAUGCGCUGGAACAAGGGCACCAUCCUGAAGGCCUCUGUGGAUUAUAUCCGCAAGUUGCAGAAGGAGCAACAGCGCUCCAAAGACUUGGAGAGCCGGCAGCGAUCCCUGGAGCAGGCCAACCGCAGCCUGCAGCUCCGAAUUCAGGAGCUAGAACUGCAGGCCCAGAUCCAUGGUCUGCCGGUACCUCCCACCCCAGGACUGCUCUCCCUGGCCACAACUUCAGCUUCUGACAGCCUCAAGCCAGAGCAGCUGGACCUUGAGGAAGAAGGCAGGCCAGGCACAGUAACGUUUCAUGUAGUGGGAGGACCUGCCCAGAAUGCUCCCCAUCAGCAGCCCCCAGCACCACCCUCGGAUGCCCUUCUGGACCUGCACUUUCCCAGCGACCACCUAGGGGAUCUGGGGGACCCCUUCCACCUGGGGCUGGAGGACAUUCUGAUGGAGGAGGAGGAGGGGGUGGUGGGAGGACUAUCAGGAAGUGCCCUGUCCCCACUUCGGGCUGCCUCUGACCCCCUGCUGUCUUCAGUAUCCCCUGCUGUCUCCAAGGCCAGCAGCCGCCGCAGCAGCUUCAGCAUGGAGGAGGAGUCCUGAUCAGGCCUCACCCUUCCCCUGGGACUUCCCCACCCAGGAAAGGAGGACAAGUCAGGAUGAGGCCCUGCCUUUUCCCCUACCCUCCCAUGAGACUGCCCUGCCCAGGUAUUCUGGGGAAGAGGAGAUGAGGCCUCGCCCCUUCCCCAAAGAAACAGCCCAGUACAGGUAUUUCAGAGGGAGAAGGCAAUGAGAUCAGGUUCUGUACUAUGGAGAUCACAGCCUUGCCCUUGCCCCUGCCCUUUUGGGAACCAUCCUUGCCCAAGUGAGGUAAAGAGAGUGGAAGGGGUCCUACCCCUGUACCCUAGGCACUGCUCUAGCCAGGUCUCCUAGGAAAAUGUGUCAGAAUAAUGUUCCAUCCUUUGUCUUGGAACCAGCAGUCUUCUCUAUCCUGGCACAGAAGGGGAAUCAAAUAAGAGUUCCUAGCCUUGCCCUUUCCUCAUGAAUUCUACCCUGCCCAGGCAAGGAAAGGAAGAUGAGACCUACCCCCUUCCCCUGGGAACUCAGUCCUGGCCUUCUAGGAAUGGAGGAGCCAGGCCACCCAGUGUGGAGAUUAUAGUCCUGCCCUUUUCCCUAGCGACAUCCCAUCCAAACAUUCCACACUGCAGGGAAGAGUGGUACUUAAGCUCCCCUGCCUUAACCUGGGACCAACCUGAUAUAACUUAGGAGGGCUAUAAGCUAACCUCACUCUUGGGGAAGGUGGCAGAUCUUAAAAUCUUCUAAAUUGACUUUCCAGACCUAGAUCUGGAGUGAGAGUUGGGCCCUCUUGGGUCCUGCCUUUUUCCUUGAGAGGCAAUUUGGGGAAGCAAGAGGGAUCAGCUGGGACCAGGUUCCCAGUAUUGAUUUUCAAUGUGUAGAGGAACAGGAUGAAGGAAGGGGCCAUUCCUGGGAGUUCCCCAGCCCAGGGAAAUGUAGAAGCCUCCCCCACGAAGGCAGAGGCUUGGAGGAGGGUUACAAAAGCAUAUUGUAUCCCCUCGUUUGUUUAUCUGAUUUUUUUAUUGACCCUCCCAUUCAGAAGUUAGGUCACCCCCAACCUCUGGUCCCCACCUGGUUCUCCAUUUGGAGGAAUCACUUCAUUUCAGAGUUACCAAGAGACACUCCCUGCCCAUUCUCACCCCUCCUACCACCUACACCCAAGGUUGUCAGCUUUGGAUUGCUGGGGCCAGGCCCCAAGGAGGGUGUACUGAGGGGGUCUUUAGGUUUGUGAUUAAAAUAAUAAAUGCUAGGCGUGUUUGAUGCGCUUUUAACUUUGGCAAA